GACACAGCGACCCAUGACGGGACCCUCGAUAUUCUUUCUGCGCGCCCGCAACCCAACCCCACACGCCAGUCGCUUCUCUGUGAUUGCCCUCGCUGUCCCUUUGCUCGCGCCGCACCUCCCUUUGACGCGGCCAGCCCGCCGCUACACCCCCGUACCGGCCUGCCGCUCACCGCAAAUCCCCUCGCCAAGAUUUCGACUACGACGCCCAAACACUGCGCAUAAACCUCCCCUACGCCGGACCCCGCCCGUUCGAGUCUAUGGUCGCCGCCACAGGCGAUCUCGCAUGAGGACACAUUUGCGCCAUGAGUGCCAUAUUAACGGAUCGACAAGCGGAAGAGCUUCACAAAGCUAUCCUUGCCUACCUAAGUGUUAUAAAUGCGCCAAAAACUGCUGCCGCAUUCCGAGAGGAGGUGAAUAUCUCACCCAGUUUCGAUGAUGCCACCCGAAAGAAGUAUGAGGGGCUGCUCGAGAAGAAAUGGACGAGCGUAGUGAGACUGCAGAAGAAGGUUCUUGAGCUUGAACAGCGCAAUAUCAGCCUCCAGAGCGAGCUGGAUUCCACCACACCCACCUCUCUCCUCCGCAGAAACCAGGAUCCCACGAGCUGGCUACCUCGGUCACCCGCACGCCACACGCUCCAGUCUCACCGCCAGCCGGUAACAUGCGUCGCAUUCCACCCUAUAUUUUCUUCGCUCGCUUCAGGCUCCGAGGAUACAAGUAUCAAAAUUUGGGAUUGGGAACUAGGGGAGUUGGAACGGACCGUCAAGGGCCACACCAAGGGCGUGCUCGACGUGGAUUUUGGCGGACCAAGAGGGGGAACGCUUUUGGCGUCGUGCUCAAGCGACUUGACCAUUAAGCUGUGGGAUCCGUCGGACGAAUACAAGAAUAUUCGGACGCUCCCGGGCCACGACCACUCCGUCUCCUCCAUUCGCUUCAUUCCCAGCGGCGCCGCGGGCUCGCCUGCGUCUGGUAACCUUUUAGUCUCCGCGUCUCGGGACAAGACACUGAGGAUAUGGGACGUCACAACGGGAUACUGCGUCAAAACAAUACGAGGACACGCCGACUGGGUGCGCGACGUUGCACCAAGUUUUGAUGGGAGGUGGCUUGUCUCCGCUGGAAACGACCAGACUGCCCGACUGUGGGAUGCCAGCUCUGGAGAAGCAAAAUGCACAUUUCUAGGACACGAGAACACCAUCGAAUGCGUUGCCAUUGCACCGCCGGUAUCCUACGCCAAUCUUGCCUCGCUCGCUGGUCUUAAGAAGCCACCGCCCUUGAGUAGCUCCGCCGAAUUCAUAGCUACCGGCUCACGAGAUAAAACAAUAAAGAUUUGGGAUGGUCGAGGAACCUUGAUCAAAACACUUGUUGACCAUGACAACUGGGUCCGCGGCUUGGUUUUCCACCCUGGAGGCAAAUAUCUACUCUCCGCAAGCGAUGACAAGACAAUUCGCUGUUGGGAUCUGACACAAGAGGGGCGCUGCGUAAAGGUGGUAUCCGACGCGCAUUCGCACUUUGUGAGCUGCAUACGAUGGGCGCCAAACGUCGUCAAAGACGUACGAGUCAAUGGAGACGCGGCGAAUGGGACAACGGUUAAUGGCCUGACCAAGAAGAAAGAAGAGGAGGCAGCCAAGGCGGGAAUAAGAUGCGUUAUUGCAACUGGGAGCGUGGACCUCGAUGUCCGCAUCUUCGCUUCAUAAAGUGGCAGCCAACGCCCGAAGAACGCGCACAGCUGACUAUCCGGAUCCCGCUGGGAAGCAAACUCUGCAACACAGUACUUUUAGAACGACGUUGGAGCAAGAUUUUGGACGAACCUGACUGGCUGCACGACUUUAUACUUCCUGCUACGGUCCUUGGGUACGGCGAUAGAAUCCCCGGCCUCUAAUUUCAUCUCGGCGGGCCAUUUGCAAUCUCUUCUUUGACUUUUGUUUUGACGAGAUCAUGUAUAGCGGCGUUCUGGGGAGGGAGAGAUCGAUGAUAUAGGCGCGCGGCGGAUCAGUUUGGCUCAUGCAUAGAAUAAGGCGAUAGCCUUCAACCACUUAAUACCAUUACUUAUACACCA